AUGAUAAAGAAAUGGACAAAAGGAGCAGGUGAAUUUAUCAAUAGAAUGAUGCAUGGCUCUGAUGGUGGAGGUGGUAGUGGAGGAGGAAAUAUCGGUAUGAGUGGAGGUGACGACAGUUAUAAUAGAAUACGAUUGGAACUAGAGAUUGAAGAGAAUGUGGUUGGACCACACUCUACGGCUGUUUUCGAUAGCGAUACAGAGAGGACACCAGUGUUGGUAUUAGUAUACCUCUACUUUAUCGUGGUGGCGAGUGUCUUGGGUACAGGUAUCCUUGCCAUCCCCGUAAAGCUUGCAGAGAGUGGGUUCGACCCGUUCCUUGCAAGUUACACACUCUGCUAUGUCAUGCAAGUUCUAUCGACAUUCUUUCUCAUUGAGAUAUUGCAACGUGUCUAUUCAAUCAUUCGAAUCAACAGUAACCAAGAAAUCAAGUCAAAGUUUGAACAAUGUGUCACUGACAAUAAUAAUCAUAACCGUAUCUUUAAGAAUGGAGGUGGUAGCAGUAUUGGUAUUGUCAUUGGAGACGAUGAAAAUGACGAGUUGGAGUUACAAGAUAUGAGUAAAGAAUCGUCAACUGUAAUUGGACAUCAUCAUCAUCAUUCAUUAUCUUCACCUCAUGGAGAUGGAUCGACCAGUCCACCAUCAGCCGCCGCUGGCACCACUUCGAAUGCAACAACUCCCAUCACAAGAAAACGUACUUCUACACCUCCCCUUGGAGGAGGAGGAGAGGAAGAAGGAGAAGGAAUGGAAGAGGAAGAGGUUGUCCCAUUAAAUCAAUGGACAAUACCUGCUAGUGGUACUGUCCCAUCCUCACCUAUUCAAACUAGUUCAUCUGCUGCUUCAUUGGAAACAGAAGCAACACCAAACCUACAUUAUUUGGGGUCAAAAUUCCUUGGAAAAUAUUCUCAUACUGUAUUUAUCUUUUCAGUGAUACUUCAUUUCACAUCGGUGCUUAUCAGUUAUGGAUUGGCAGGGUCAGAGGCAUAUGGACAAUUGUUCAAGGUUGACCACUCUUAUUUAAUCGUGCCAGUCAUUAUCAUCUUUACAUGUAUCAUCAUCUUUGGGUCGGAAGCACUCCAACACAUUAUCACGCUCUUUACCUUUGGUAAAGGUACACUUCUCGUUGUGAUUGUCUUUAUCACUGGUAUCAUAUCCAAUUCGGUCGAGCAUGAAAUAUCAAACAACUGGUUUGACAUUGGAAAGAGUUUUCUCAUCUCGACCGUUGCUCUUGGUGGUAGUGUCAGUGUCCUACCCAUCGUAUUCCCAAAAUUGGUCUUUUCAAAAAAGGAAAUGAAGAAGUGUUAUCUCACUGUCUUUUCUUCUCUUACCACUGUCUAUAUCCUAAAUAUCAUUUGGUGUUGGUUCCUCUUAAGAAUUAUCCCUCAAUUACCUGAUCCAAAUAAUCCUUCUUAUCCUUCUUUAUUAGAAGCCGAGAAAAAAGGACAAAUAGCAACUAUACCAUUGAUGGGAGUUGUUGAACAAUUUUAUCCAGAGUUUUUAUGGAUAGCUAGAAUCACUGAUAUAUUUAUUGUCAUUUCCAUUUCAAUUAGUUUUAUUACAGUUGGUACUGGAUUCAAACAUACUUUGGAUGGGUUUAGUCAUAGUUGGAGAAAAUCAAGUCUCCAAAAAUCAUCAACAAACAAAAAACAUCAACAUCAACAAAAACAGUCACUUUUAUCAAUGUCAUCUUCAGUUGAACAUUCAUCUGUUUCUGAUAAUAUGUCUGAUAAUAAUAAUAAUAUCAUUUUAGGACAUUCUCAGACACAAGAAAUGGAAGAUAUUGAUCUUGGUAGUAGUCAACAACAACAAAUGGUUGAUCAUCCUAAACUAUUAGGACUAGUUUAUAAAACAAAAUCAAAAUUAUCGGAUUUGUUCAAUACACUAAACCAAAAGAUUGAUUCUAGGGAGAAUAGAAAUAAUCAACAACAUCCAAACCUUCACAAUAGUAGUGGUAGUGGACAUUCACCAAUUGAUCAAUUAGAUGAAAGUGAAACAAGUGGUGAAAUUAGAAUGAAAGAGGAAACAACAACAAUGGCAACUACUACCAAACAACAUAUCAAUAUUAGAGAAUAUACACUUUAUAUUGUUGGAUUUGGGUUCAUUUUAUUGGUUGCUAUUCUUAAUCCAAGAGGAUUCCUCAUGGUUAUGGAGAAUGGAACUAGUUUGGGACUCAACCUACAAGCUGGUCUAUUCGUUGUGAUGAUGUUGAAUUUCUCACGUUCACAUUACCAUCAUUACCCAAUCCCUCUUCCAAUACCUCAACGUGUCUAUCAAGCACGAUAUAUCGUAUUUGUAUAUUUUACAUUUGCUGUAUUUUACGAUUUCUAUUUAAUUCUUAAACAUUUGAUUGCUUAA